AUUGAUAAUUUCCAUAUCAGAUAGAUAUGGGUUUAAUAUCUACCUCAUUUUUCCGAGUACAUGUGACACUCCUGUUCUUUUCCGGUCAUUCAGUUAUGAUUCCACUACGCCGACCUUGCUCCAAGUCAUUGUCGAUAUUCUCCAAUCCAUGUCUUCCAAUCGACUCACCGCUUGGUCUUCCAGUUACAGUAUCCACCGACUCUGAACAUUUUUGUUUCUUCGACAUCCAACGAAAGAGAAGUCAUAUCAGAUACCUUUCUCUACGACUUCUCAAAUUCUUUCGGUCAUCGCCAUCAUCUUCAGCCGGCACCAACACCAUCGACCCAACCCCAGCGCACCACCAACGAUCGCUCACCGCUCCCAACGCAGCACCAUUGACCCCCUUCACCGCCACGGACCACCGUCGUGGCCCACCAUAAUCAGCAAAUCGCUUUUAGAACAGGUAUUGGAGAUGGACGCCAGCAAAAGGAACGAAGGCUUUCUUUCACAUCUCGGAUUAACUGUGGUCUCCAUCUUCCCACAUCAAAGUCACUUUAAAGUCACCAUUUUGAAGAAGUUCUUGAAUUGGGAGUUCUGUGUUUUAAUUUUCUUCAUGUUAUAAUUCUGGAUUUGUGAUUUGAAGAUGCACAUCAACUGCUUGAUGAAAUGCUUCAAAGAACCGAGGCGAUGGACCAGAAGGAGAUAUCCUGAUGCUAACAUCAUAAGGAUACCACAUACCGCAUUCAUGAUAUUAUAACCUCAAACAUGGCUGGGGAAGGAGUAAGCUAAGUUGAGCAUGAAACAACAAACUGAGAGGCAGAGAAAAAAUCAGUAAAACGUUAGCAAACCUGAAACGAUGGUGAUCUUUUGGGGCUGCAAACCUUUUGUGUAUCGGACACUCAAAAGCUGAAAGAUUCCACUGCUAUAAAGGAAGACUUCAAAUCGGCUCCACUGCUGGAACUUACAUCUAUUUGAAUCCUGUUAUUGACAAAGCAAAAUCUUUAAUAUCUAGGUAAGGGAUACCCGGCUUGUCGAUGGAGGUGAUGAAAACUCAAAAGAAGAAAAAGCAAAACUACCUGAACAAUGAUAAUGCAUUGGGACCCACAAAGAAAAUUGUUGUAUCGACUCUUGAUAAAGUGGGAGAUGAAACUCCAUUGACAAAGAAGAAAGUCAAUGAAAGUCGUGUUCUGAGGACAAUAUCUGUUAAUUCACCUCCCAGGUUGUUAUACGUAAUGAGAUGUGAUUGCAUGGUGCAGUGGACAGCAGCUAUACUAAGUCUAGAUUAUGACAAUAUUCUAGAUAAAAGUUUUGGGGUUAUUACAAAACUGGAAAAGAUUCCCCAUUCCCGCUUUUGGAAGACAUACAAUCAAUGUGCAGCGGUUAGAGUGGAGCCACAUAAUCAGGCCCAAGCCAGGAUAAACUACUUACAAUCCUUGAAAAUGCACGGUUGUAAGGUUUUCCUGAUCAUUAUAAUGGUCAACAUGUUUUACUCAUAUUGUGGUGGAACAAAUUCACAAGAGAAGACAACCACUUCCCUCCAUGGAUGCAGUAUACUACAUCCAACCAACAAAAGAAAAAAUUGGACACUAAUUUGGAAGGAGUGUAUAUGGUGGAAGGUUAUUGAUCCACAGUUUACGUCAACUAUCAUAUGGAUUAUGAAGAUUUAAUCCAAAAUAUAAGAUUAAGCUCACUUUGAAGAAGACAAUGAAGUUAAAUGGACUCACUUUCCGACGCAAAUCAUAUGCUCUCAACCUGGUUUUUGACCUUGGUAUUGUUGUAGCAGUUACUGAAAUCAUUAUUCUUUUAUCUAAUUUUAUCAUUUUUUUUAUUCAUUUAAAGACACAAAACCACAUACAAUGGGUAAAACUUUUGUAGCCCAUACAUUUGAUAUGUUUAGAAUGUUUGUAUCGUUGAGAAAAUCUAAUAUUACUUGUGUAUGUAUUGCUAUUGAGUGUGG